AUGUCCAGCUAUGGCAUCUCUGAUGUACAAAAAACCCCUCCAAUGACCUCAUCCUCCCAAGGAACGGCAAAAGGCCGCUCAACAAUGGAAGAUAUGUCUGACUUCGAGGUAAGACGCUUUACAAUAAUGCUCCAAGUUACCUUCCCCUCACACAUCUACCACAGUUUUCAAAAUUCCCAGUCUCGGUGUAUCCGAUCUCUCAAAGUCCAGAUUGUGACCAUGUCCUCAUUAUUAGACGCCAGCAACGGUGUCACCAUGCCAGCCAGUCACUCAGGCGGGGAUGCAGACGAAAAAGAUCACGGCAUUGACCAACAUGAACAUUCCUCAGCUGCAAUCACCAUAGACCCCGAACUGGAGAAGAGAGUGUUACGCAAGAUUGACUGGCACGUCCCACCUCUCGUGACCUUUCUAUUCCUGUUGUCAUUUUUGGACCGGAGCAAUAUUGGGAAUGCGAGAAUUGCGGGAAUGGAGAAAGACCUCAAUUUGACCGGCGACCGAUACGACUGGUUGCUCACCAUCUUUUACAUUUCUUACAUUGUGUUCCAGUUCCAGGCUUUUAUGUGGAAAAUCAUCAAGCCACACACCUGGGCAUGCAUCAUCACUUUGGCAUGGGGAAUCAUUGCAACGUGUCAAGCGGCUGUACAGUCGUGGGGUGGAGCCAUGGCCUUGCGAUUUCUGCUCGGUGCUGCAGAGGCAGGCUUCGGUCCUAGCAUCCCUUAUCUCCUGUCAUUUUUUUAUCUGCGACACGAACAUGGCUUCCGCAGCGGCAUCUUCCUUGCCGCCGCCCCACUGGCUAACACCUUUGCCGGAGCGUUGGCAUAUGGCAUUACCAGUGGACAUUCUCGACUUGCCAACUGGAGGCUCCUGUUCCUGGUCGAAGGGAUUCCGACCAUACUGGCAGCACCGUUGGCAUUUUUCUUCCUUCCUGACAGCCCGACCACCGCUCGAUUCUUGAGCGAGGAGGAGAAGCAGGUGGCUCGAGCCCGCGUCAUCCGCCAACAUGGGCACGAUAGUGAGGAUCACAAGAUCAGUUUCAAGGAAAUCGGGCAGACAUUACUAGAUGCAAAGGCUUGGUUCACCGCGCUCAUGUACUUUUCAUGUAAUGUGUCGUACGCCUCGUUGCCAGUGUUUCUCCCAACGAUCCUGAACGAGAUGGGAUUCUCCUCGAUUACGGCACAAGGCUUGUCGGCGCCACCAUAUUUUGUUUCUACCAUCGUGACAGUGACCACAUGUUGGAUUGCUGAUCGACUGCAGCAACGGGGCCUCAUGAUUGCCAUGCUGAGCUGUGUAGCAGGCAUUGGAUAUGUCUUGCUGGCGACAUGCACCGCGGUCGCGCCAAGAUACUUUGGGACGUUCCUGGCGGCGGCCGGUGUGUUUCCGGCCAUUGCCAAUACUCUCCCAUGGGUGGUGAACAACCAAGGGUCCGACUCAAGGAGAGGCAUGGGGUAAGUGAGGAAAUGGAAUGGCAAGGUUAUAUGCAAUGCUAACAGCCACAGUAUCGUGCUCCUGAAUCUCGUCGGUCAAUGCGGGCCUUUGCUGGGAACGAGGGUGUUUCCCCAAGACCAGAAGCCACGCUACGUCAAAGGCCAAAGUAUCUGCGCGGCAUUCAUGUUUUUCAACGCAUUCCUUGCAUUGUCUCUUCGUACACUUCUGGUGUGGGAGAACAAGAAGCUGGACAAGAAGUAUGGGGUCUUGAAGAAAUCUGGCAAGACAGACGAAGGGGGCCAACCUGGGACGAACGUGGGUGUGGAGAAUUAUGGAAGCUCUUUCAGGUACAUUUUGUGAUGUAAGUUUGCAGUCGCCAUGUCAAAAAAUGUCGACUUCGUUACUAUCAGUCAGCAUCAGUGAAUGAAUCCACGUUUUGUUCUCACGGCCCGGUGAUGGGUAGGUUCUUUGUUGGUUUCGGGUUUAGUAGACUCCGUGAAUCCUGGGUGGGAGGCUUCGAACUAAGCGGUCAUUUUACCGUACCCGACCAUUGCUCGGAAAUGUGGCAAGGUAAUAUAGCAGACAGAUGGAUGGAAGAGACCGAGAGACCGAGAGACCCGUCUUCCCAAGUCCUGAUACCAAUGGGAAUACGAUCCGCAAUCAGUCCUGAUAGGAUUAUCUCCGGACGACUGAGUAACACCGGGGGGGGGGUAGAAUCUUGCUGCCCCACCAGAUCUUGGGUACGACAGCGAGAUGGAGAUUCAAAGCGCUCUAGCCGCAGACAAAGCCCAAACACUGAAGAUUUAGAUGUGGGUGGGCAAAAUCGCAUGGACAAUGAUAGGCAGUUUGACACACUAAAAGAUUCAUUCUCAAUUAUGCAGCGGGCUUUUGCAUAUGGAUGGACCAUG